AUGCCUCGGUUACGCCUACCUCCAUUACCACUCCCAUCACAAUGGAGCAACUAUGUCCCACGAAUAGGGAAAAACACUCAAGAGGGAUCAGGCUCCCGUGAGCUAACCCGCCGCACAGUGCUGGCCAACAAGAAGCUCACCGACCAAUUCGUCCGCGCCCUCGGCAUCCGAAAGGACGAGGUCGUGCUCGAGGCAUACCCCUCGCUUGGGCAGCUUACGCGCUCCCUCCUCGCCGGAGGAGUUGACACGACCAGGGCCGCCGACUGGAAAAAGGUCACGCAGGAGCAGGAGGUUGUCGGACCAAGGGCCGGUCAGGUCAAGCGGCGCAACUUGAAGGACUUUGACUACCCGGAAUGGGAUGUCAAAACAGCGCCAGUCUACAAGGUCCCACAAGGCGUGGAUGAGAGCAAGGUAAUUGUUCCCAAGGCUGUUGUGGCUGUCGAGCCCCAUGUCACCCUGUUCAGCCGCGGGUUGGGAUUCGACCCCGACCUCGCACCGGCUUCCUACUGGGACUACAACAAUGCCAAGAAUGCAGAGGAGCUCGAACGCCUGAACGAGAUGCGAGGGACCACGCCCGUCUACCCGUCCAUUCUGGAGAAGAACCUUCUCAUGUGUCCCGACUCGGUGUUCGAGUGGACCACGAUUCCCCGCAUCCUCGACAACCCUUUGGUCUGGAACAACUUUCCCGUCUUCGACGCCAGCAAGGAUGGUGUGGCGGCCACCAUGCGACCAUGGGAGGCGGACGUGCCGCCAAUAACUGUCGUCUCCACAAUGCCAGAGACAGUGAUGGGUGACCAGCUCAUCGCGCAGUGGGUCUCGAGCGCCAUCGGCGAGCCUGGGGAGGAGAGGGGUUGGCUAUGGGCGUUUGGUCGGGUACGCCUAGCCAUGCUUGUGCCUUCGGGACAGUACGACCGCUUGAUGGCAUCGCCAGGCGAGACGAUCCACUGCAAGCUCAGCGUCAUGGCCCACGCACUGUUCCACAUGCGCCCGCUCCCGCCGUACCACCACGUACCCGACGUCGAUAAGCAGUCCCACCGAACAGACCCGAGCUACGAGGAGGCGGUGGCCGCCGCAUCGACCAGGAAAACGAAGUCUAAGAGGCAGCCGACGCCUGCACCGCCACCCAUCAACGAAGUGACAUCGACUGUGGCCGGUGACUUCUGGCCCCAGAUCGGCCGCCACGCGGGGCUGAAAGGCGCUUCCAAGGUUUCCCCAGAUAAGGCGCUUGUUCGGCCACCGUUGCUCGGCGUCGAAAUGAUCCCCCGCCGAGACUCACCCAUCAAGCUCACCCAGCGCGAGGAGUGGGAGUUUGUGCUCCGCCACUGCUUUGUGCAGGAAGCGUCGCCGCUGUCAGACGCUAUUCCCAAGCUUGCCUUUGGUGCAGGGAACCUCAUCCCCAAGAUUCGCGAGAGCGAGGAGACCAGCCAGUUCGAAGGCGUGGGUGUCAAUCCCGAGACGCCGAUACGAAAUGUCACGAUCGAACAGUGGCAGCGCAUCGUCGACGUCUUUGCAAAGUGGCCGUUUAAGCCCAAUCUGCUCAUUCUCGAUGCGCUCGAGGACAACCGCCAGAUAGGCACCAGCUAG